CACCAAAACUAAAAUCAAUGAACAAGGUAUUUGUGCUCAUAGAUUACAGCCAGUAGCACACAAUUCUGUUUUCAAUAGCCUCGAUAACUGUCUGACAUCAAACAUGCCUCCAUUUUAGUGAGAAUUCCAGUGAAAGCCGAGCAGUUGGCCAGCAAACUGUGAACCAGGCACAAGAUGGAGCCCUAUUCUAAUAUGGGGGCAGGUUAUUACAGCCCCAGGAGUUCUCCGAAUCGUUUUGGGGUGAAGGAUUCCUUGGCUCUCUCUUCUGGAGUGUUUCCCGAUGAGGACAGCGGAUUUAAUUCCAGCUUUAGCCUCAGCCGUCUGCCACAGUCUGAGGAUUUUUCACUUUCGCCCCGAUCCCCCAUGGUUUCUCCGGGAGCUAUUGUCAGAUCCAAGUCUCUAUCCCGGCUUAGUGGAUCUUUACCUGUAGUCACCCAGGAGGUGACACCCUUCACACAUAAUCCCUUCAGAAUGGAUCGAUCGUUACGGAAUCUGAAAGGCAACCUGGAGGACAGUGAAAACAGACGACAUGUCCUUGUGCAUAAACUUAGAGAAGCUCAAAGUACACUGGAAUUACAAAGUGAGAGAUUAUCAAAAAUUGAGAAUGCAGCCAAGGGGAAUGCAUUUCUGUUGGAUGACUUAAAACACAAAGAAAGAGAAUACAGGAAAUCUAUUGAUUCUCUACAGCUGUCAGAACAAGAGAAGGAUGUUCUUAAAAUGGAAAACAUCAAAUUAAGGCAAGAAAUGCAAGACAGAAUUGAUAAACUGGACUUUGCCUUACGUUCAUUACAAGCCCAGCAUCAAGUCGCAGAAAAAGAAAAUCAAAAGCGUGUCAUAUUGCUUGACCAGUCCGCUCAAGCUUUAAACAUGUUAGAGACAGAAAACAAUAAACUUAAACUUGACCAAGACAGCAUGACUAAAGAAAUGGCAAUAGCCAGAGAGGCCAUUGAGCUAGCCCGAUCAAAAUUUGAACCCAUGGAGGAAGAGAACAGGGACCUAAGGUCUGAAAAUGCGACCCUAAAGGAACAAAAUGCUGAUUUUACCAGGAAGAUCUCCGAGCUAACAGGCCAAUUAAUGGAACUGAGAAAGCUCACACAGUCGAUGAAGGAUGAGAAUGAAAAGCUGGCCAGUUCCUGGAAAUCACUGUCCGAGGAGAGGCAGAGGUUGGUUAAACAAGUUGAGGGCUCACAGGAAAAGGCUGCCGAAAUGAAAACUAAAGCUGAAGCAGUUUCUGCAGAAAAAGACAGACUGUUCAAAGACAAAAUGGACCUCAACAACAAAUUUCAACAGCUUAUGCUAAAUAAGGAUGAGCUAAGUCAGAUGAAGAUGGCACAAGAAGAACAGAUACAUGAUCUAGAGACUGACUUAGAGAGAAUGAAGAAGAAUUUAAAGAAAAAUGAAGAAGACAAACUUGUUCUCCAAGAAGAAGCAUCUGAUCUGAGGAGGGUGAGUGAUGGGCUGUCAGCAGAACUGAACUCUGUGAGAAAUUACUAUGAAAAAGCUCUUGAACAAAUAAAUGAACUGGAAACUGAAAAACGGGCUCAUCAGCAACAAGGCGAUAUAAGAAAUCAAGAGCAGAAUCGUUUGAAAGGAGAAAUUGAGAGACUAAAUAAGCAACUUAUGAGUAAAACCAAAGAAAUAAAAAAGGGAAGAGAAGAAAUGGACGAGUUGAUUUCAAAAUUAAAAGAUGAUCUUCGUAGUCACAAGGAUGACAACUUUUUAUUGGAAAAUAAAGUUGAAGAACUGACGGCAAAAUUAAACAAAGCCAACGACAAUAUGAAGUAUGCAGCUACCACCAGCCAAGAAGAACUGGACACCUGGAAGGAUACAUGCGAGAGGUUAACUGCAUCUGUAAGUCGCAAAGAAGCAGAAGUGCAAUCUCUCUCUGAGAAAUGUUUAGAACUGGAGGAUCUGACGGCCAAACUUCAGUCUGAAAACCGUCUGCUGAAGGAAGAUAAUGAAGCACUGACAGAGCAGGUGGAAGAUAUCAACAAACUGAAGGACGAAAACAGGAAAAUGAUACAGGAGAAAGCUGAAAAUGAGCAAAUGAUCAAGCUGUUAGAAACUCAGAAAGAGGUUCUGACAAAGAGUUCCGAAUCACAGUUAGCCAAGCUGCAUGACAUUGAGCAACUCACUGCAAGAGUUGAUCAGCUUAGAAAUGAGAAUGAACACCACCGGGCAAGAGUCCUUGAACUGGAAAAUGUCAGAGACAAUUUAGUUAAACAGAAAGAAGAGCUACUGGCAAAUACUGAGCUUAUUUACAAAAAUCCUAAACUUGAAGAACUGCAGAACAGAGUAGAUGAAUUGCAGGAAGCCAACAGACAGUUAAGGGAUAUUAACGAUUCAGCAAAUGAGAGAUGUCAAACACUAGAAGAGGCUAAUAGAGAACUCAAAGAAGCUGUCGGUGGUGAUGGCUCAGUUGUUCCAAAGUAUGAUCUGUUGAGGGUGCAAGAAGAGAGAGAUCGCUUGGAAGAUGAUAUUGACCACAUAAGGCAACAGUAUAAUGAACUGCAGGAAAAACAUCAGAAAUACACAAACAAAUAUGGUCCUGAUGGUGAAGCACAAGAACAAGUCCGCCUGCUGGAGAGAGAAAAGGAGGGCCUAGAGAAACAAGUGGCUCUUAUCAAUGGACAACUGCUUCUGGUGGAGAGUAGUAAGAAGAGAUUGGAUGAAGUGGUGGAAGAUCUGCAGCAUGAAAUUGUUCAUCUAAGGAAAGAACUGGAAGAAGCAGAGAAACAGCCGGUUACUGGGCCAGACAUGAGUGAGCUACAAGCUGAGCUGGAAGAGCUUCGUAGCGAGCUCACUCUGAGCCAGAAGGACAAAAUAAAGCAAGAACACAUGGUGCGAUCACUGAAAGAGGAACUGGAAGAAGAGAGGACAAAGAAGCCCACACAGAUCAGGGAAUCGCUGGAUGAUGUCGGAACCGAGUUAACUUCUAUGAGGGGAGAGCUGCACAAGCUAGUGGGUGAAAUUGAACGGAAAGAACAGACAAUCGCAACACUAGAAAACCAGCUGAGACAAUCCAAGGAGAAGAUUGAGGAUAAAGAUAAAAAGAUACUGGACCUGAAAUCAGGAAAUGGACACUCAACUACCCACAGCUUAGAAGACACUCAACCUAAGUCUAGACUGGAUUCGCUCCGAAAAUCAGACUCAGUUGGAAGGACACAAAGUUUAACUGAGAAAGGAUCUGGUGACCGUCUUCAAUCACUGAUCUCUAAAUACAGAAACUACGGUGAACAAUCAAGUCCGCACCCCGAACGCAAAAUUAAACCUCUACCUCUUAUUAGUAGUAGUGGCAGUAAAAUGGGACUCGUGACCCGUGGGAAAAGUUUCGGACCCGCUGCACCAAAGAGUGAGGACAAAACCAAAAAGAGCACGUGAAUUGUUCAUAUGCGAAAUGUGAAUAAUCUUUGAGGCCCUUAUCCAAAGAUGUGUUUUUACUUAUAUAGUGAAAAAAUAGUUCACUUUUAUUACGAACCCAAAAUUUACAGGACAAUAUAACCUGAUAUCUUUAUAUCUAAAUAGAAGUAUACUUUAUUUGUGUCAAUUCAGAUAUUUAAGAUAAAUAUUGUAUAUUUAUAACUAUCCAUAAAGCAUGUAAAAUGUA